UUCUAAGAUGGAGGUAAUUUAUUCAUGAAAAUGGCGGCAUCCAUGAAAAGAACGUGUGAAGAAGGAGAUAGCAGUAACAGUUCACCAAAGUUAUCCACUGGUUGUAAGGAUGAAAACAAGUUGGACUCAUUUCUUACCUGGUCAAGAGAAAACAAUCUUUGGCUCUCUCCAAAGGUCUGUGUUACAAAGCAAGGUUCCUGUGCCCAGUAUGGCAUGAUAACAACAGAAAGUGUGAACUGUGGAGAAUGUCUUUUGAAAGUGCCAAGGAAGUUACUUUUGCAUCCUCGCACGUCUGCAAUAUCCCGUUUGCUGAAAAAAGAAGCAGCUUCGUUGGCAAGUGAGAGUGGCUGGGUCCCUCUGCUCGUAGCCCUCAUGUACGAGUACAACAAUCCAGAAUCCACAUGGCGACCUUACCUUGACCUUGUACCAGACUUUAGAGAACUUGACCUUCCUAUGUUUUGGCCUGAGUCUGAGAGAGGAUCUUUACUUGGGUCUGCCAACGGGAUCCUGAACUGUGUGGAGAGAGAUUUAAAAUCACUGACAGCAGAAUUCACAUCAGUUGUUUUGCCAUUUGUUCGGAAACACACGGAUGUCUUUAGUCCUGCCUGUGAGAGUCUGGAGCUGUACAAGAAAAUGGUGGCCUUUGUAAUGGCGUACAGUUUUACCGAACCUACAGCAGACAAUGAAGAUGAACAGAUGAAGGACGCUCCGUCUAAAACUGCCCCCAUGAUGGUCCCUAUGGCCGACAUACUAAACCAUGUAGCCCAUAAUAAUGCUGAGCUUCGUUUUGAAAAAGAAUUUUUGAAAAUGGUUUCAACUUCUGAAAUUGCCAAGUGUUGUCUCCAGGAAGUGGUGGGAGAAGACGAUUCCUUUGUGUUGAGUAAUGAAGCUAUAGAGACAUGCGAUGAACUGGAGGCAACUCUCAAGGUACUGGAGAUGACCAGGAGUGAGUUUGAGGACUACCAGGAGAAAGAUGGUUGGAGUGAAGAUGAAGGAGAUGAUGAGGAAGACCGUGAUGAGAAGUGGAUGUUUGUUCCAAAUGGCAUUCCAAAACUGAAGGAGACAUGGAAACAAAUAUUGAAAGGGUGUGCUGAAAAAUGUCUUGCGCUGUACAGUACAAGUCUGGAGGAAGAUGAAGAAUGUCUGGCCUCGAGACUGGACUCCCUGUCUCAGCGACAGAAGUACGUGCUGUACACCAACCACGGACAGAAACUUAUCCUACAGAAACUGCUGGACAGUUGUAGCUGAUCCUAUAUGAAUAUCAUUCUUACUGAACACUUCUGUACAGUGGUGAAUUAGGAGAAUUUUGUUAUGUUGUCUUACAGCCUCAUAUAAGACAUGAAUAAUUACAUAAACAUGAACAGCUACAUAAACUAUAAAUGGCCUUGAUGGAUAAAAAGCUGUUUAUGACUUGUUACUGGUUAAUAAUUGUCAAUCUCUGAAAGUUCUGAUCCUGGUAAUUACCGGAGAUUGUACUUGAUCUGCAUGAUUACAAUGUUGGUUUCCUUAGUUUUCAAUCUGCAGAAAUUUGCUAGCGAGAAAGAGUUCGAAGUCUAAAAAGGCAUACUAAUAAUAACUGUCUGCAGCAUGUCAUCAGUUAUAGAUAAAGCCAAUUAUAAAAUAUUGUUAUUAGGUCUUUUAGACUCUAUAUUACUUCUUGCUAGCCAACUAUUCAUUGGAAAAUUGAUAAGGUUGUCUUUAAAUGUGGUGCACCACAGUACAUGGUAAGACAUUAUGUUCCCUUAGAGCACUUCGAUGUUGUACUAUUGCACACUAUGUCAUAGUGUGCAAUAGUACAACAUCGAAGUGAUCUAAGGGAGAUAACUGCAUAAUGAAUGUUGCAGAACUUUUCUCAAAACUCAAUUUACAUUAAAAAUUCUCACCACAAUGCAUUACAUAAUUUUGGCCUAUUCUUAAAACAACAAGAAAUACUAUAAAUGUAUAUUUGCUCCGUUUGAUAACAUGAAAGUGUUGUUGCCAUGUGACAGGACUUACUUUGGACACAUAUUAUUUUCUGGGAAUAUCCAAUACAUGACAUUUGGGAGGUUUGUUAUGUCACUGAAUGCCUUUUUCUGGUAGUGGGCAGAUUUAGACCCGGUGUCAUGAAAUUUAUGUAAACGUGGUAUUUCUGAAGGGGUUUAGUUUUGUGAAUUUGUCAAGUUAAUUAUACGUGUUGGGGCUAAUUAUGCGGUUUAUUUUGUCAUUUUCUCUUGUUCCAUAUGUAAAUAUCUCAUACAUAACAGAAUUAUGGAGAAGUUUUGCCGUCAAAUGGCCUUCGUGUAUUUAGUGUUAAUUUCCACGUUUACAGUUCCAUAAGUGUUCAGAUGUACACUGUUCUUCGUGCACCAGUUAAGUACAUUUAAUUUUACAUUUUUUAUUGUAUUGAAGAUAUGUGUUAAUGGAACUGUGCAUCAUGUUCACAUAAAUAUGUAUCAACUUAAGAUAUUUUCAAACUGAUAGAAAUUUUACUGAUACUGCUUUUGUUACUUUUGACCUUCUCAAAAAACAUGUUGAAGUGAAGAAUGGACAUUGUGCCAUGUAAUUAGCAUGAGUUGUCUUUGUGUAUGUAUGUUAUAAGGGCAAUCUCAAUAAACUUUAGUAUUCUGGAA